AAAGUAGCCACAAACCUGCCUUCCCAGAUUUGCAGGGAAGGUAAAUGGCUCCAUUUGUGUUUCCACUGAUUGAGGGAAUGUAAGCUAGCUGCAAGAAAAAUUCCCAGGGGAUUUAGCAGAUUUAAAGUACAUGUUGACCCUACCCUCUUGAAAGCCUUUGUGAUAAGAGGUAUUUAUCAUCAACAGACUGAUAGUUAAGGUAUAUACUGGUUUAGACAUCUUUGCUCUGCAUCGCCCUAUCCUUUGUGACAGACUACCUCUGGUUCUUGAUUACAUCAAAUCCCUGACUAUUGGGGUUCAUCUCUUGGUUGCUAUCACCCCAUUUUGGACAGCAGGCUGAUCCUAAAAGUAGAGUUAACUGAGUGGUCUGGACUGAAGUGAAUUUUCCCCAAAUACAGCCAGUUGGUAAAUAUUUACCAGGUCAGCACUGGAAGGGGCAGGAUUGAGGAGCACAGUACAGAAGCUCCAGGGUAAGAAAACAACCAAGGAAGAGGUAGAAAAAGUGAGGAGAAUCAAGAGAAUAGCUGCUGUAAGCUGUGACUGGUUCAAGCAUUUCCUCAAAUGGAGAUUCCCAGCCAGAACUCAUCAGUGAGAGAAGGGGCCCAACUGAAGGAGUGGAAGCAUCUUCAGGAAGAGAAGGAAGCUGAACAAGAGGUGGAAAAAUCUAGAGAAUCAAAAGCAGAGCCAGAAGAGAAGACUGAAGAGUUAUUUCUCAAGAUGAAGAAUCUUAAUGAAAUGAUUCUGCUGCAAAUGAAAAUAGUUAGAGAUGAACUCCAACAAUGGAUUGAGAAAAACAACAACUUUCUCAAAAAAAUUUACUCAUCAGAAUAUACAAUGCAGGGUUUAUUAAGAGAAAUGACCAAAAUAGACUACCUUAUAGAAAAAUCAGAUGAUGAAGAUAGCAGUCUAUCCGGAAAUGAACACCCCCAAAAACUGGAGGCCAAAAAAUGGAGGAAAAUGGACUCAAAAGAAUAUCCUUCCCUGGACAGUAUCCUCAAAGAGUCUGCAGAGAAGAUCAUAAGGAUUAAAGGGCAGGUACAAAAUACUGACAAAGAAUUAGUCCAGUUUAACAAUACUUUUACUGAAGUUCAGAAAUUCAAGACGAAACUUCUUCAAAGGAUAGAGGAUAUGAUGGAUUCAGAUGUUGAAAAGAAUGAGGCUCAGUCAAACCAAAAGAAUGGGCAGAAGAUAGACGAUACUAAAACUCAAGACCUAGAGCCUCUGCUUCCUGUAUCUUCAUUCUUGUCAGAAGAAGACACUCUCUCUUACCCUGAAGACCAGAUUGAAAAGAAUAUGUUAUGUAAGCUAAAUUAUUGGAAUGCAAGGAUGUUUCUUCAAGUGAAAAAACUUGGAAUUGAUCACAAAGACUGGAUUGAGAAAAAUGACAUAAUUGUCCAAAAAAUAAAAGCAACAGAAGAAACAGUAAAAAAUUUAUUAAAUGAAGUGAUUAAAAUGGAAAACCAAAUGGAACAGCUAGAGGCAAAUCAAUGCCAAUACCUUGAAAUUAAAGAGGAGUUAAGCAAGCAGGAGAAGAUCAUGAUGAUAAAAAGAGAAUUGGAAGAAAUGAACAGCAAGUUUGUUCAGGUGAAUCCUUGCAACGAAGCCCAGGAACUGAAGAGGAAACUCAUCGUCCAAAUAGAGAACUUCUACAAGGACAUGACGGUCAUGAACACCGAGCUGGAGAAAUACCAGCUGAGACAGCUAGAGGAGACUGAGGCGGAAAUGAUUACAAUGAGGGAUGUUGAAGACACGAAGCCGAUGGCUCGUCGGACACUGUUUUUAGGGACGAACGCUUCCAAGUGGAAACGUGUACUGUGGUCUUUUGUGUUUUUCUAUGCCUCCACCAGCAUUGGAUUUUUAUGUUACGUACUUUUUAUUGAUCCGACAUUCAUCUUUGAAACCAUGAUCCCUGGGAUUCUUGGGCGCCGAAGAAUGUGGGAGCUGAAAGAGCUUGUUGCUCCCUUCUGGAAUCUGGAAAUGGAAGACCUGUUGCCUUCUUAAAGGAAAGGCAUAUGCCAUUAGCCUAUUCACUUUUUCCCAUUAAAAUGCUGGCUAUUAUAGAA